AUCACUGAACUAUGAGUGCAGACCUAAACAGGGACUACGAGAUUGGCCAGGAGCUCGGCCGCGGUCGGUUCGGCGUCGUCCGCCGCUGCGUCUCGCGCUCCACCGGCGAGCCCUUCGCCGUCAAGUCCGUGGACCGCUCCGGCCUGGCCGACGACCUCGACCGGGAGCUGGCGGAGCUGGAGCCGAAGCUGGCCCAGCUCGCCGGCGCGGGGAACCCGGGCGCCGUGCAGACGCACGCGGUCUACGAGGACGACGUCUGGACCCACACCGUCAUGGACCUCUGCUCCGGCCCCGACCUGCUCGACUGGGUCCGCCGCCGCCGCGGCGCGCCCGUGCCGGAGCCCGUCGCCGCCGACAUCGUCGCGCAGGUGGCCCAGGCGCUCGCCCUCUGCCACCGGCGCGGGGUGGCCCACCGCGACGUCAAGCCCGACAACAUCGUCCUCGACGGCGUCGAGGAGGAUGAAGCUGAGGACGUGUCGCCGCGCGCGCGGCUCGCGGACUUCGGGUCGGCGGCGUGGAUCGGGGGCGGGCGACGCGCGGAGGGGCUGGUGGGCACGCCACACUACGUGGCCCCCGAGGUGGUCUCCGGGGAGGACUACGGCGAGAAGGCGGACGUGUGGAGCGCGGGCGUGGUGCUGUACGUGCUGCUCUCCGGCGGCGCGCUGCCGUUCGGCGGCGAGACGGCAAAGGACGUGCUGUCGGCGGUGAUGCGGGGCAGCGUCAGGUUCCCGCCCAGGCUGUUCUCCGGCGUGUCCCCGGCAGCCAAGGACCUCAUGAGGCGCAUGAUGUGCCGCGACGAGUGGCGGCGCUUCUCCGCCGAACAAGUCCUACGCCACCCGUGGAUCUUGAGCGGCGGAGGAUCCCGAGCCAUGGAGCAGCCAACCUGAACGGCGGCGACCGAGUCGACCUGAGAUUCAGAGGCGAACUGCCGAACUGGACGUCGACGAUCUUGGGCUCCGUGGAGAAGUAGAGAUAUCGGCGGCGAGACACACCGGCGGACCGGCCGACCCUGUCAAUACAGUUUUUGUAAAAUACUAGGAAAUUUGCCCGUGCGUUGCAACGGGAGAAGAAAAGACAUGCUUGAUUUCGGUAUGAUAGUAUUUCGGUAUGAUAGUAUGAGGGUGAUCGGAUUGCACCACCUGUGAUGGUUAAUGACCACACAGAGCUGGUAAGUAUCAGCGAGCUUCCAAAACAAG